GCGCGUAGCGCGUGCGCACCACACAUGCUGCCGCCGCGCCCUUCUCCGGGCGUCUAGAUUCCCAUCCUUUCCUCCGGCCCCGCCCAAGCGGCUGCCCGUGACCUGCCUGGCGCAGGGAACGGAAAGCCAGAAGGGGCAAGACGACUUCAGUUCGCCAUGGGGCUGUUUGGAAAAACCCAGGAGAAGCCGCCCAAAGAGAUGGUCAAUGAAUGGUCAUUGAAGAUAAGAAAAGAAAUGAGAGUCGUUGACAGACAAAUAAGAGAUAUCCAGAGAGAAGAAGAGAAAGUGAAACGGUCUGUGAAAGAUGCUGCCAAGAAGGGCCAGAAGGAUGUCUGCGUGAUUCUGGCCAAGGAGGUGGUCAGGUCGAGGAAGGCCGUGAGCAAGCUGUACGCAUCCAAGGCACACAUGAACUCCGUGCUCAUGGGGAUGAAGAACCAGCUUGCGGUCCUGCGAGUGGCCGGGUCCCUGCAGAAGAGCACUGAAGUAAUGAAGGCCAUGCAGAGUCUCGUGAAGAUCCCAGAAAUCCAGGCCACUAUGCGGGAGCUGUCCAAGGAGAUGAUGAAGGCUGGGAUCAUAGAAGAGAUGCUGGAGGACACUUUUGAAAGCAUGGACGAUCAAGAAGAAAUGGAAGAAGAGGCUGAGAUGGAAAUUGACAAAAUCCUCUUUGAAAUUACAGCGGGAGCCUUGGGCAAAGCACCCAGUAAAGUGACCGAUGCCCUUCCAGAGCCUGAACCUUCAGGAGCAAUGGCUGCCUCUGAGGAUGAAGAGGAAGAGGAGGCCCUGGAGGCCAUGCAGUCCCGGCUGGCCACACUCCGCAGCUAGGGCCCCGCUCUCUGCCGGCAUUCGAGCACUCGGAAGAGGGCCACGUCCUGUGUCUCUUGCACUACACCUGUCAUGAGGCGUUGCAUUUGGGAGAAGGUUCUCUGCUUAUCUCUCUUCACUCUCUGCAAGGUUUUGAGAUCUUAAAGGGAUUGUUCUUAGGAAGGUGGUGUGAUUAAAUGCAUCAUUUUCAGGAAUAUAAACAGAAAUAUUGGGGAAAGCAGAGAAAUGGAAGCAAUUCUAAGAACAGAGUUGCCUGAAUGUUGAGGACUCUGCAUUUGGGGGGUGGGUGUAAAACACUGUAUAAAUGGAUUUUAAUAAAUUUCUGCUUUACCAUUUA